UUAUUUCUCUCAAUCCCUAACAUCUCUUCACCAUGAUGGCAGCCUCUAAACGCUAGAGUUCACAUAUGGGGUGUCACCACUAACUAAUCAGGAGGUCUUAGACACAGGUUCAAAUGACUGGCUAGGGUCUUGGACAUGGGGAAAAGGCCUUUUAGGUGGGUGGAAGUAUUCAUAGCACAAGGUUCCACAUUUCCAAACCCAAACAAUCACAGUCAAACAAACCGAUAUUUCCUUUCUGCUAUUCUGCAUUACUCAAUAUCUCAAGAGCACAAGAGCGAAGGAGGUAUAAAUGUUAGCAUUUCCAAGACAGACUGCUAAGAAACACUACUUACUGGCCAUUAUUCAGAUUUUUGGUAGUGGCUCUCUUUUGCUUCCAAUUUUUCUUUGUUUUUCUUUCAUUUUCUUUUCAUUUCUUAAGAGAGCCACCACUUCUGCAUAUAUUUCAAACACCUGCCCAGCCCAACUUUUAAGCGGAAAAAAUCCCAAAGUACACUAGUUCUUAAAAAAAAUUCCCAAAAUACAUAAGUUAUAAAAAAAUUUCCAAAAGUACACAUGUUUGAGCAUCACCGUUUUAGACAAAAGCGGUGAAGGUCAUCACCGCUUUUGACCAAAACGGUGAAUACUUCACCGUUUUUGUCUAAAACGGUGAUGUAUUCACCGUUUCAAACUAAAACGGUGACUGCUUCACCGCGUGAGAGCAAAACGGUGAAGCACUGAACUGCGUCCAAACUUUAAAACAACGUAACUUUGUGCUCGGUUAUCCGAAGGGUCGCGGUUUUCACUCGGGGUUCCUCCGGCCAAAUCUCUCUCCUCCGACCUUCAAUUGGAAAACCGCGACCACCACCGUGUUCCUGGUACCCGGGGCCUCAUUCCCCAAAGUUUUGGGUCAGUUUGGCUCUGGUGAAGUGGCCGGCGACGACACUCCGGCGAGCUUUCCGGCGAGCUCCCCGGCGAUUUUCGUGUUCUCUCGUUUUUCCCUCACCUUCCCCGCGAUAUCUUCUUGUGCCUCCAGGUGUGCUUCUCUAUUUUUACUUGUCAUUUGUGAAGGAUUGAUAUUGUGGGUUUAGUGAGGAAGUUCGGGGAUUGGUUUGUGCUUUGCUUAAUUCGGUAGGCCUCCUGUAUUGCUUGCUGUGUUUGUUCAUUCUUUGGGUGGCCUACCGAGUAUAUAUGAGUCGUGGUUGCCCCGCUUGGAGCCUAAUUUGCUGUCCGGAUGUAUGAUCCGAGGGCUCCAAGUGCGUUUGAGUUGUGUGAAUGGUGAAUGUUUCAGAUUGAUUGUGAAUGUUUUUCCCUUCCUGGGGCCUAGUCCACUGUCCGAACUUAUGAUUCGAGGGCCCCGGGUGAGGAUGAUUGUAACCUCACCAUUGACGAAUUUCCACGUAUGUUGUUGGGUUUCUGCUGUUUUGUGGCUGCAGGAAGAUGACAACCUACUUGGCCAUGCUCGACGCCGACCAGAGGAAGAUUCUGAAGGACAUCCGACGCCGCAAACUAGUUAAGCACCAUUACCUCGAUUGGAGGGUUUUCGAGGAGCUGGGCGCUCGCGAGGCAAUGGAGGCUGCCAUCCGCGCUUACUCUUGGCGCCGCCUCCUCUGCCUCGCUGAGCCGACCUAUCAGGAGCUUCUCUGGGAGUUCUACUCUACCUUCGAGCAUUUCCAGACCCACGCGGGCUCACACGGCAACGCCAUCCAGUUCCGACUCGGAGGGGAGUUUUACUCCCUGAGCUACGAUGACUUUGGUCGGGCACUGGGGCUCCUUCCACCUUUCGCCUGUCACCUGGCGAUCGAAGAGCCCGACAGUCCCAUCUUUCGGGACCAGCAGUUCUUCGAGAGGAUCUGCCUCCCGGAGUUCUCAGGCGCUGUUUUCACACCGGGCCACACCACGGCCACUCAGCUGCGCCCAGAGUGGCGCAUCAUCAACCAGCUGUUGGGGAAGUCUUACACCCCCAGCGAGGGCUCCACCAGUCAUCUUCAGCUCCGCACCUUGCAUUGCCUGCACUCCAUGAGCCACGAGGUGGACAACCUCCAUCUGUCCUCCCUCAUCGCCAGGACUGUCGUCAGGGCUUCUCGGUGUGGUCGACCCCUGGCGUGUGGGCCGGUGGUCACUGCCCUGGCACGGUACUACAACAUCGACCUCUCCAGUUUCACUCUCAUCCAGGAGGCGAAGCCCUUCUCCAGGGACACCCUACGGCGCCAGCUGAUACUAGAGAAGGAGGGGGACGUGACCUGGAUCCGGGGCCUUCCUCGCCCUGUUCCUCGUGCACCAGCGGGUGAGGAACUCCCUGAGGCGAGUGCUGCUGCGGCCAGUCGGGCCAAUCGUCGUCGGCGGAACACUCCUUCUGCGCCUGACGCCUCCACCUCUGCUGCCGGCCCAUCUGCUGCCGCCCCCACCACUUACAUUGCCGAGCAGCUGGCGGCCCUUUCCCGCCAGAAUGAGCAGAUCCUUCUUGGCCAGGAGCACCUCAACGCCCGCCUCGGCCGUGAGCGCGAAGGUCGCCGCCGCAUCAUCUCAGCUCAGCAUUACAUGAUGAGCUACUGGAACAUGGAUCCUGCUGCUGUUAGCUACCCUUGGGAGGCGUCCCCGGGGCAUGAGGACAACUACCCGCCCCCGACCGGCGAUGGAGGGGAUGAGUACUGAGCUGGCUUUGCUAGCCCAUCGAGUUGGGCUUCGCUUUUGUCUAUCUUUCCAGACUUAGACUCCGUAUUGUGUUUGGUUUUUAUUCCUUGUUCCGUAUUGUGUGGAUUGUUGACUUGGAACUAUGUUUUAUUUCACCCCAUGUGUGUGUUCUGUUGGUUCUAGCUCUGUGCCCGUCGGACUGGUCCUUGUCCAGUCCUCUGCUUUUGACUGGUCCGCCAUCCAGUCAACGUUCCUGACCACUGUUUCACGGUAACAUCGUUCCCCUUCCCUCGGCUCCAUUGAGGACACUGUCGCAUUUAAGUGUGGGGGGGUUCUUUGUAUUUAUUGGAACGUAUAUAUGGGUGCUUGGAGCCUAGUCCGCUAUCCGAAUCUUACGAUUUGAGGGCUCCAAGUACUGCUGUUUGAUCAUAUUGGCACUAUGUUUUGAUUGAUGAAUUGAACGGUUUUCGGAUUAAUGCAUGACAACUUGGUGGUGACUAGGACAACCUAUGAUGAGGGCUGAGAUGUGCAGUAGAACGAUGUAGGGGUUCAGUUUUUAAACUGUGUGCUUACCAACUGUGACUUGAUCUGAUCACUUGUCUUGACAGUCGUUUAUGCAUCUAGUUCAGGGUAUCAGAAUGUGAGAUAGAGCAUAUAGGUAGCCAUGUGAGAUUUGAGCCUGCUCGUUUCUUUCUUGUGCGAUAGAUCCCUCUUCCAUGAUGUGUAGCAUUCACGUUGUCACUAGCUAGGAUGAUGGGGGCAUAGGAUUAGCCCACGACCAAAUUUGACUGUCCUGAUGUGUCAUACCCUCUAGUCAGCCCCUUUGAGCCGUGUGUUAUCCUUUCUUUUUGGUCUAUAAUGAAAAAAUCACCCUUUUGCAUCUUUUAGAAGGUUCCACAGAGUGGUUUUUACAGAUUCUCUGCUGUUUCUGCUAAAUUGAAUGUGAGUGUUGGAGGUAGUGCCAAAAAGUUGUGCAGAAGUGGUGGCUCUCUUAAGAAAUGAAAAGAAAAUGAAAGAAAAACAAAGAAAAAUUGAAAGCAAAGAGAGCCACUACCAAAAAUCUGAAUAAUGCCCAGUAAGUAGUGUUUCUUAGCAGUCUGGCUUGGAAAUACUGACAUUUAUACCUCCUUCGCUCUUGUGCUAUUGAGAUAUUGAGUAAUGCAGAAUAGUAGAAAGGAAAUACCGGUUUGUUUGACUGUGAUUGUUUGGGUUUGGAAAUGUGAAACCUUGUGCUAUGAAUACUUCCACCACUUAAAAGGCAUUUUCCCCAUGUCCAAGACCCUAGCCAGUCAUUUGAACCUGUGUCUAAAACCUCCUGAUUAGUUAGUGGUGACACCCCAUAUGUGAGCUCUAGCAUUUAGAGGCUGCCAUCAUGGUGAAGAGAUGUUAGGGAUUGAGAGAAAUAGCAUGCGCAUUUUUCGCAUCAAAUUGUCCUGACCCCACUGGUCGAGAGUGAGUGAUUCAUUUUCAUAUUCUAUAUACUCUUGUACCCUGGUGAGGACCUAGAUUGCUCGGUCUCUAUUCUGAUGUCAUGAGUUGGAUGCAUGAGUUGACUGUUUUGAGUAAGUGGUUGAGUCAAGUCUAGGUUGGUUGGUGAACAGAAGGGAGACUCUUCCUUUACUCGAUUUUGCUGCACUCGAAUGUCCUUUGUGGUGGUUGUCCAGUUUGCUAUUGAAGUUGGUCAUGUAUUGCUGUUUGGAAACCAGUUCGAUUCACGUGUUCUGUGCCUUUAUGACUUGUCCCCAAUGUUUGUUGAUUGAAAUAUGUGAGCUUACCUUGUGUAUGACUUGGUUUGCUUGGGGACAAGCAAACGGUUAAGUGUGAGGGAAUUUGAUAGCAUCGUAUUUGCACGUGUUUUCACUCGGAUUUCUUGUCCAUUUUGGCUCGAAUUGAUUGUUGCUUGGCCUAUUUUACGCUAGGUUGUGUUGUUUUGCCAUAUUUCAGGUCCUAGCAAGUACAGAGGUGCAUAGGCGCAAGUUUCAGGUCAUUCGCAAAAGGGCUGACUAGGGGAUAUGACACAUCAGGACAGUCAAAUUUGGUCGUAGGCUAAUCCUAUGCCCCCAUCAUCUUAGCUAGUGACAACGUGAAUGCUACACAUCAUGGAAGAGGGAUCUAUCGCACAAGAAAGAAACGAGCAGGCUCAAAUCUCACAUGGCUACCUAUAUGCUCUAUCUCACAUUCUGAUACCCUGAACUAGAUGCAUAAACGACUGUCAAGAACAAGUAAUCAAUCCAAGUCACAGUUGGUAAGCAAACAGUUGAAAAACUGAACCCUUACACAAUUCUACUGCACGUCUUAGUCCUCAUCAUAGGUUGUCCUAGUCACAAUCAAGCUGUCAUGCAUCAAUCCGAAAACCAUUCAAUUCAUCAAUCAAAACACAGUGCCAAU